UUUUCCUUUCUUAAAUCCAGAUAUUGGUACUUUGGCCCCCUGAAGUGGAAACUGACGUAUGUUUUUGCAACUUUAAAAAGUGUUUGGCCACCAGUGUUGAAAGCCAACAUCAAGCACAGGCCGCCAUUUGAAGAGCCAGAGCCUGAGGCUGAGACUAGUCAUGUGGGGAUCAACUGGUGGGCGUGGCUACAGCGACUGAUGAUCUGGAGGAGUAGCCCAAAGGAGGAGAGCAAAGAAUUAGGAGCCAACGCUGAUGAUGAGACAACUGAACCAGAGGAGGAGAUCGAAUGGACAGAGGAUGACCUGGUAACCACGGAGCUGGUGGUUGCUACGGGCAACACGGAUGAAGUCAAAAUGUCUCCUAGAGCUCUGAGGGUACAGACAGGGCCAGCCCAGCUAUCCAGGACGGGGUUUGUCAGAGAAGGAUGGAGAAGGGCAAGUCCAAGUCAAGAUGCUGCAAGUGAUGACUACAAAACCCAGACGGCUGAGGUCGGGGAAAUUAAGAUCACACCAGCUCUGAAAGAGGGUGAAGAGGCGUGGUACAGCGUUGACAAUGAGAGGCUAGAGGCUCAACCAAUCACAGUUCAGAUACUUCCAAGGAAAUUGCAGUUCUUCACGGACAGGCAAGAUAGAGACACUCUGAUUGGUGGAACACAAAAGACAUGAACAUGCGUGGAUGCCACUUUUAGCCAAUCAAGGUUCUGCUUGUUCCAAGGAAACUGCAGUUCUUCACUGACUUGCAAGAUAGGGACAUUCUGAUUGGUGGAUCACAAAGUACAUGACCAUGCGUGGAUGUAACUGUCAACCAGUCAUAGUUCAGGUACUUCCAAGGAAACUGCAAUUAUUCACCAACGGGCAAAAACUAUAGGAACACUCUGAUUGGUUAACAACAGACUGGCCAUGAAUAGUUGCAACUAUCGGCCAACCACAGUUCAGCUACCUCCACAAAAAAUUGCGAGACAGAAUCACUUUCACAGAUGCACCACAACACCACGUGAGACUGAGGCUCGUCAAUGUUAGUAAGAGGAAAUCAGCCAAUCAGAAUCCAGGUACCUACUGUACAUCUUCUACAACCUACAAUUGGAGCACCAAAUAGACAUUUUUUUUUUUUCAAAUCAAAUCACAGUGCCUAGUUUCAAAGAAAUUUGUCAUUCAUUUGGAAGUGUCGCUGAAACUAAACAAAACACAUGAAUCUUCUGUGAAUGGUAUAAUGUUAUUUAGGACAGUGUUUUAGUGAAGUCAUGUUCUUGUCUACUGGGUAUGAUGGAUUUAUAGUGUAAAGAAGAAGUACACAUAGAAAUUAGACUGCGUGGUCUUGGUACUUGAACUUUUGGUUAUGGGAGGGGAAUCAAAGGCUGUGUCCCGGCUGAAAAGGGCUUCCAGAGCUACGGCUACGUCAAUUGUCCGCGUGUCCCUGUGUAUUUUCUAUGGGCGCGGACCUAGACCUAGCUCUAGACAGCUGAUUCUGAUGCAGUCUUAGCACAUGUAUUUAUACAAACAUUCAGAACUUGAGUGAAGUUCAUUUGUAAAUAUUUGUACAUUCCUUGUAUGCCUGUAUCAGGUUGUGUGUCCAACCACUCAUAUCUCUACCCAUUAAGUGCACUCAGUCAGCAUAGCCUUGAUAUUUAUGUUUGAUUCCUACAUGUACCAUGUAUAAGGCCCAUUCUAGACAAAGUGCAACUGCUGGCCGAACUUAAUUAAUUUGAGUUUUGAAUUUGGCACACUGGUAGCAUGGCGUUUAGAACCAUUUGGCUGGGCAAAUUGAGUUCGGCAUGGCACCAUCCUUUGGCUUGACAGGGCUGGUGGGCUAUCGUCAUUCCAAAUGGCAGUGGCACAUCACUGUUCUAAGCGCCGUGCCAUUGCCGUGCCGAACUCAAUUCAAUUUGAAGUUGGGGCAAACAUUUUAGGAAUAUGCAAUACCAUCUCCCGCGUCCGCGUCACGGGGAGUGAAAUUGGCACGAAUAUCUUGAGCGCGCUGAAUGUUCAUUGAAAUGCUUUAACUUGGCCCAUUACUCCAGAUGCGUUAAGGUUCAACUAUUAAGUUUGGCGUGAGCAACUGCCGUGCUGUAGAUGACCUAUUGCUGCACUCAUUUCAAUUAAGUUUGGUGCAGCAGAAGCAAGGCGUCUAGAACAGGCUGUAACCUCAUAUUUCAGUAAACAUGGGAACAUAGAAAAUGACUAUAAAACGGUAACACUGGUUUAUCAUAAACAGUUUCCCUUAGAUUUGCUUGAAAAUUACAGUGACUGAAAUCAGGUGCCCCAUCAUUCCAUGUUUUCUGUACAAUUUGCCAAAACUUUAUGUUUUACUUAAUGUAAAGUACAUGCACAUGGAUUCUUGAACAUGUUGAGUCUUGUGUAGAAUUAUUGGAAUCCUUUUUUAUAUAUUCCUCUCGGGACUCUGUACUGCGGAAAAACAUGGAGCCAAGUACAGUUUAGGGCCAGCAAGUCAGACGUGUAACUGUUCUCACUUGCCAAAUGUACACCUUGCAUGUAUAAUGAAUGUUGCUUAACGUUAUCAAACAUUUGUACAAAUGGUGUAAAAUUUGGGACUCAUUUAACUAGUAAAUUGUAAAGAUUUGAUGGUUUUGACAAUAAAACCGCCAGCAAAGCAAAACAGAAGAACAAA